AUAGUGUUAGGCUCAAGUUUGACACUUCAUUUGCACCGAAACCAACCAUAAACAAAAAAGCUUAUUGUUACUUAUUGUUUUCUACUGAUUCUCUCACAGAGUACCAGAAACCAAUCCAGAUCCUGAAUGAAACCUAUUUCCAAUACGUGGCAGAUGUGAUACCCAAGAUCACUGCGUUGCCUCGAUCAUGUGUGGUAAUACCGUGCAGUUUCAAGAUGGAAGAUGAAUAUCUCACUCGACUUCGGGUUCUUUGGGUCACCAGAAAAGGUGGCUACAUGUUCCACACCGACCCAGUCGAUGUCUUGGACAACUUCAAAGGCCGUACAAGACUCCUCGGAAACCCGGAUGAGCAGAACUGUACUGUGGAGAUGGAUAAUGUGCAAACUCAUGACAACGGGCCUUUCUGUUUUCAAGCAGAAAGAGAAAAAGAGAGAUACAGCUUCAACAACAGCUGUGUGUUCAUUUUAAUGCGGGCACCUGACAAACCAGUGAUGUCAUCCCUUCCUGAAAACAUCGAGCCCGGGACACGUGUCACAGUCAAAUGCUCAGUCAACCACACAUGCUCCUCUCACCCACCCGAAAUCACCUGGAGCGUCCCAACAGCCCAAAAAACUGCCACCCACAAUCACAUGGGUGGAGGCAUCUGGGAAACGGUGUCCGCUGUGACCUUUAUUCCAACUGGAUAUGAAGAUAAAGACGAAAUUGUCUGCACUGCCACAUAUUGGGGUGGUAAAACACAGGAAAAUACUGCCUUGCUGAGUAUUAGAAGAGUGCAAGGGCUUAAAUUGGAGACUGUUGGGCUUUAUGCCAUAGCUUCCUCACUCGUGUUCAUCCUCAUUUGCGUGCUUGCUGGAGUCUUAACGUGCAAGACACGGCACAGAAAGCCAAGUCAUGAUAUGCAAAGGUCACAUACACAAUUUGAACUUGGUUAUUCGUUUAAGUAUGUCUGA